AUGCGCUCAGUAGGUACGGGCCGCCAGGGGGAACGAGGCCGGAAUGACCAGGAUCAGGUGGCCAACUCCAAGACCCCCACGGAGCAGGUUAGGGAGGAGGAAGAAGAGGAAGCUCAGGAAACGGAGGUCCAACUAUCUUCCCAACCCAGAAAGGGAAGCGAGUACAGACGCAGGGUGCCGAUAUCGUUGCAAAAUUCUCCUUUUUCCACGGUCAUCCUCCAGGAGCCCAUGGAGAAGAUCAAAAUGCAGAAAUGCAAAUAUGACGGCAAGACGGACCCGGAGGACCACACAUCGGCCUAUGAGGGACACAUGUUGUUGUACGCUGAUACCGACUCGGUAUGGUGUAAGGUGUUCUCGUCAAUGCUGGUUGGUCUCCGCCAAACAUGGUUCAAGAGCAUACCGCUGGCAACUGUGUUCGACUUCCACCAGCUCAUAUUUAUGUUUGUUACCCACUUUGUCAGUAACAAACGCAGGGAGAAAACUACCGGCGAGUUGAUGUCCAUCAAGCAAGGAGACUCUGAAAGCUUGAGGGGUUACGUAGGACGCUUCAAUGCGGAAGCCGUUACCAUUCCCAGUUUGCAGCAGGAAGUAGCGGUGUUGGCCCUGAUGACAGGCCGUAGAGAAGGGACUGCCUUCAGAAGCUACCUGGGCUGCAAAAAGCUGACCAGCCUAACAGAAGUCUUGAGAAAAGCAAAUGACUUCAUCCGAGGAGAGGAGUUUGAUAAGGCGGCAACUGCUAAAAGGCCGGCCGGAGAUAGAAGAGAUAAGGAAAAAGAUCGCAGGGAGGAUAAAUACCGGAAAGAUCACUAG